AUGUUGUACAGAAACAUGCAGCUGCAAAAAUUUCGACUUGUAAAAAAGUUGUGGAAGAUAUGUCCGCUGCUUCGCCGCUUUGGUAUCACCGUCGAAGACCCGAGUGCCGAGGUUGUCUCCCUCGGCUACGAGGACUUGAUUCUGGACGAGAGAGGCAUUCCCGUCUUCUUGGUGCUUUCCAUUAUGCUCAUGUACAUCGCAUUUGGCGCAGUGCUGUUCAGCGUUCUCGAAAACUGGGGCUUUAUUGACUCGUUUUACUUUUCAUUCAUUAGUUUAACGACGGUUGGAUUUGGAGAUCUCAUUCCACAAAACUAG